AUGAAAACAGCAGAAGAGCCAGCCCGGAGGCUUGAGCAGACCCUGGAGAGGCUGAGGAAGGAACUGGCUGAGAUGCAGAUCCAAGACCAGAAGCUCCUGCUCACCCUGCGGCAUCUUCACAGUGUCCUGGAGGAGCUGCGUUCCGAGAGUGCCCACUGGGAGGACGCCAUGUCCAGCAGAGGGACAUCGCCCAUCAGAGCUCGAGCAGGCUCCGAAGGCCGGGGUCAGCAGCCCCUGGCAUUUAGGCGGCUGGCCCAGCUCCUCCACGGGGCAGAUGGCCGACGAAGCUCCCUCCCUUAA